AUGCUGAUACGGUUCCUCUCGACUGGACAUUGGACUUUUGGCCUUCCCUCGCAUUCAAAUCGCAUAACCUCAACCGUUCCUCGACCUAUCAAUGCCUUCAUCUCUCUUCGACAACUCCGACAUCUGCAAUCAACACCAUCUUCCCGUUCUCCCGCCAACGCUUCAACAUGUUACCCCUCUUGGAUCCGCAUCUCCUUUCGCGGUUGCUUCCGACACGCAGAGCGCCCCAUGAAGGUUGAGAUCGCCAUCGACCCCAACGCGAUGCAGUCCCUUGCGUCUCGCGUCAACGCCCCCGCCGCCGCGGGUGGCCGUGGUGCUGGCCGUGCUCCUGCCGCCGCCAAGCCCCGCAACGGUGGACGUGCCGCUGGCGCUGGCCGCGCCGCCAAGCCCCGUGCCCCCCGCCCCGCGAAGAAGACUGCUGAGGACCUCGACGCUGAGAUGGCCGCCUACAAGGAGGCGACCUCGACCGCUUAG